UCUCAGGACGGACAAACUUUUGGCAUACGCUGUGAGAACUCUCUUUCACUCUCCUCUCCCCCCACAGAUUCUCUCUCGGUUCCUUCCUGCGUCUCUGUGCGUCUGUGUGUGUGUAUGUGCACGUGUGUGAUAGGGCUCCCUCCUUGGCUCUCUGUUAUCCAUCUCUCUGUUAGCAUACUAUUGUGUUGGGCUAUAAGCACAUUGCUUACCGCAGGGCUGGAUGGCAGAACUGGUGAAAGUUCGUAAGAAACACCUUCAGACUCCGAUUUCAAGGCUCAAGAGUAUGGUCAGGCAGCUGGAAGAUAAGGAUGUGGAUCUGGAGGAGCUAAAAAGGAACCUGGAGUACACGGCAUCCUUACUCGAGGCUGUGUACAUCGAUGGGACGAGACAGACACUAGAGGCGGAGGACGACCUCCAGCAGCUCCGCUCAGAUGGCGUGCCCUCAGAGGUGCGUGAUUGGCUGGCCUCCACCUUCACCCAGCGGCCACGGCGGGUGAGCCGACGCCCCGAUGAGAAGCCCAAGUUCCGCAGCAUCGUCCACGCCGUGCAGGCCGGAAUAUUCGUGGAGAGGAUGUUUCGCAAGGCCUACACGGUGUCCAUGCCAGACCAGCCAGCUGAGGUUACCCACUGUCUCCGGGAUGUAGACCGCUGGAACUUUGACGUGUUUGCUCUGGACUCUGUGAGCUCAGGACAUGCGCUACAAACCCUUUUUGUCGAGCUCAUCGUCAGAUAUGAGCUCAACAGUCGAUUUAAGAUACCAAUUUCCUGUUUGAUGUCCUUCCUGCCUGCACUAGAAAGAGGCUAUGGCAAGCACAACAACCCUUACCACAGCCACACACAUGCAGCUGAUGUCACCCAGACAAUGCACUGUCUACUCCUCCGCACUGGGCUCGUGCACUGGCUCACUGAGCUGGAAGUCAUGGCUUGUCUAUUCGCAGCAGCCAUCCAUGACUAUGAGCACACAGGAACCACCAACAAUUUUCACAUUCACACCAGGUCUGAGUUAGCCAUGAUGUACAACGAUCGCUCUGUUCAGGAGAGCCACCACCUCAGUGCCACUUUCCGUCUGCUCCAGGAUGACCAGAUGAACAUUUUCACCAACCUGUCCAGAGAAGAAUGGGUAGAGCUCCGUGCUCUUGUCAUAGAGAUGGUACUUGCCACAGACAUGUCCUCUCAUCUCGCUCAGGUAAAAGAAAUGAAGACCUAUCUACAACAGCAAGAGAGAAUAGACAAGCCCAAAGCCCUCUCCCUGCUACUCCAUACGGCAGACAUAAGCCAUCCAUCUAAGCCCUGGGUCCUUCACUCCCGCUGGACCAAAGCUCUCAUGGAGGAGUUCUUCAGACAGGGCGACAAAGAGGCAGAACUGGGCCUACCCUUUUCACCACUGUGUGAUCGUAACGGCACCUUGAUAGCACAGUCUCAAAUAGGCUUCAUUGACUUUAUUGUGGACCCAACAUUCUCCUUAUUGACGGAUAUGGCUGAGAAGGUUGUCAUCCCUCUAGUACAACAGAAUCCUGGACCUCUGGACCCCUGCAACAGACACAGUUCCCUGUGGAAGGAGAGUUCCAGAGGGUUGGAGUGGAGCCUAGCUCACAUCACAGCAGAACUUGUAAGCUUCAGAUCAACAUGGACGCGCCACACAGAGGACAAUAAGAUCAAGUGGAAGGAGAGUGAGUCCAAUGGAGCCAAUGAUCAGAGCAUCCCAGAGGAGCACUCUUCUCAUAGAGAGGACCUGUCAGGGGAAAACUCCCAGGAGCACCCUGUAAACAACACUAAACAGUAGUGAGCUUUCACAUUCAGACCGCAAGGUCUGGUCAGUAUCCUGACCUGACAAACAAGAAUCCCCUGUCUAAAUAUGCUAUACGACACAGUCAUAGUUCAAAGGAUUUACUGUGUGUGUACUUGAAUAUCCACCACCAAGUUUGCCUUUGAAUAUUGACAUACAUAUUUUUUUAGGUAUCAGAGUAUUCUGACAUCAGACUGUGCCUGAAUAUGAAAAGAUCUAAAUAUUGCAAUAGAGUUUACUAAAUAUAUCUGUGUAAUGUAUACCACUAGCUGCCUUGAAAGCACAAGUUACCUUUGAAUUCCACUCAGAGUGCUAUGUAGUGAGAAACAUGUUGCAAGAGUGAGAACAUACGGAAGUGACUAAAGGUAGUGGUUGUAGACUUCUGUGAUAAGAGCAGCAGAACACCUCCGAUUUACGAGCUGUAGAAGAACACAUUAGACAUGCUGGUCAUGUUAUACUUUUAGUUCUUAAUAGAAACUGUCAAGUUGACAGCUCACUCAUACAGUUAUUUAUCUGUAUUUAUCUUAGAGGGAGACCGUUUCCAACACAACCAGGCAAUUCUGGAGUCUCUUAAAUGUACUUGAUAUACGGUGAUAUUAAUUUUAAAAUAAACAUAGAUUUUGUGUAA